CCCUCUAUCGAUCUCAGCCAACUCUCUCUUUCUCUCGAUCCGUCCUCUAGGGUUUAUUGAUCAAUAAUCCAUAAACCCUACUGUCGUCCAAACUAUUCCUCUCUAGGGUCUCGCACUUUUUUGUUCAAUUCUUUAUUCCCAGCGUCGUAGAUUGUAAUCACCGAAGAGCCCAAGAAUCUUUGUAUCCAUUUAUGUUAUCUACAAUUUUUUACUUUGAAAUGCAAUAAAGUUCUGGGAUUUCGAAUCCUGUACCCCUUUCCGAGUUCUGAAAAGAAUUGGAGAUUGAUGGGAUGAGUAAUUGAAAACCCUAGAAAGAAAUGAUAUUGGGGUUUGAAUAUGAGCGAUGGAGGUGAGGACGACAGGAGAAACAGUGACAACAAUGCGCCGAAGAGAGCAGGGCCUGACGAGUUUGGCCGGGCGGUAUCGAAGAUUGCGGUGGCACAGAUAUGCGAGAGCGUCGGGUUUGAGGGCUUCCAGGAUUCCGCGCUGCAAGCACUGUCCAAUAUUGCCGUCCGAUACCUUUGCGACGUGGGAAAGACGGCGAAUUUCUGUGCGAAUUUAGCUGGUAGAACACAAUGUAAUGUGUUUGAUGUUAUUCGAGGGUUGGAGGAUUUGGGUUCGUCGGAGGGGUUUUCGGGUGCGUCGGGGGUUGAUCAAUGUAUUGUGAGUUCGGGCACGGUGAGGGAGAUUGUGGAGUAUGUAAACUCGGCUAAGGAGAUUCCAUUUGCUCAGCCCGUGCCUAGGUUUCCUGUGGUUCGGAAUUGUAAAGCGACACCAAGUUUUGUGCAAAUGGGGGAAACUCCUGUUGGCAAGCAUAUACCACCGUGGUUGCCGGCUUUUCCUGAUUCCCACACAUAUAUUCAGACGCCAAUGUGGAAUGAGAGGGCGACGGAUCCCAGGGCAGAUAAAUUGGAGCAAGCUAGGCAGAGGAGGAAGGCGGAGAGGUCUUUGUUGAGUUUACAGCAGCGAUUGGUUUGUAAUGGCUCAGCAUCUGCUUCCACCUCGGUGGGACGAUGUGAUGAUGCUGAGGCAUCUCGGGCAGCUGAGGGAAACCCAUAUCUUGCUUCGCCAUUGCAAUUUGGAGAGAAAGAUGUCUCUACAGUUGUUUUGCCAGCUAAGCUUUUGGAUGACUUGGUUGUAGAUAACCAUGUUUCCGUGCUAGAGACAUUUGCACCGGCUAUUGAAGCAGUGAAGAAUUCGUUUGUUGAUUCAGGGGAAAGUGAGAAAAAUGUUGUUCCUGAGAAAAGGUCUGCUGUUCAUUUUAAGUUGAGAACUGGCAAGAAAAUUUUAGGCGAAUCUGUGGAUUUGAGGCUUAAGAACAAGAGUGUGGGGAAAGUAGUGUCAUUGAUUGGGCGGGAUGAGGAGAGGGAUGACAAGAAAAGAAGAGCUGAAUACAUUCUUAGACAAUCCAUGGAAAACCCACAGGAACUCACUCAGUUGUAAAUUAAUUCAUUGACUGUCUUGCUUGGUGGAAAUCUUCAUAAUUUAUUCAGACAUUGGUGCUAGCAUUAGACUCUUGGUGGCCAAAAUUUAAGCCAAACCGUUGUUCUGGUAUUGAUACUAUGAGAAUCCAGUCGGCAGCUCCUCAUAGUCUCAACUUAACAAUUGUAGGAGGAAGCUGUUUAGGAUAAGAUUUGACUAAUCAGGUUACGAAGAGGGGCAGUGGCUGUCCAGAAUUCAGGGGAGGAUAGAUUGGUAGAUUUUUCUGUCAAUUCUGGUGUGUGUUUACAGGUUGUUCUUUGUCUGGAAAGGUGUUUAGGAGAAGAUUGGUUGAUGGGGUUAUGAAGAGGGGCUGGAUGUUGGCUAUAAUAGUCUGUCAGAUUGCUUCUAUUGAGCUGAAAAGGAACAGGAAUGCAGAAAGGAGAAUGUAGAACUUGGCCACCCUUUGCUUGUUUAGGUGCAUUUGGAAGGAGUGCAACAACAGAAUUUUCAAGGAAGAGCAGCACCCUGAUCAAAUGAUGUAAAACAUUUUCCUGAAAUCUCUCUCUCUCCCUAAAUGGGCUAAGAUCUCAUGGGGGGUUGACUUUUCCCUCUUUGAUUUCUUUGAGGGCUUAGGUCAAGAUUAGUAUGUGUAGGUUUUUUCAGUUCUGAUUUUUUGCUAUUUUCUUGUUUGUUUUUUAUGCAUUGUGUACUCUCAGUGUACUGGGUUGCACCCCUGGUUUUGUUAGAUACUCUUAAUCAGGGAAAAAAAGACAUCAUUUUUUAUGCGUCAAAUUUAAGAUCA